AUGGAUGAGAAUGGAUCUGUCUAUGUUGUUGACUAUGGAAAACAUGAAGUGAGACGAUAUCGAAUUGGUGACACAGAAGGAACAGUAGUUGCAGGUGGCAAUGGAAAUGGAAAUCGUCUUGAUCAACUCUCUUACCCUUGGUGCGUAUUUGUCGAUCGAGAUCAUUCAAUGUACGUGUCUGAUCGUAACAAUCAUCGUGUAAUGAAAUGGGAAGAAGGUGCAAAACAAGGCAUUGUCGUAGCCGGUGGUCAAGGAGAUGGAGGUAGUCUUAUACAAUUGUCAUGUCCUCGAGGAGUCAUUGUCGAUCAAUUAGGCACUGUCUAUGUAGCUGAUCAAGGCAACCAUCGAGUCAUGCGUUGGUCAAAAGGAGCCACACAGGGAAGUGUCGUUGUUGGUGGAAAUGGGCAAGAAGCACAGUCGAAUCAACUCUAUUAUCCCAUGGGUUUAUCAUUCGAUCGACAUGGCAAUCUCUAUGUCGCCGAGUACGGCAAUCAUCGAGUACAAAAAUUUAAUAUCGAAUAA